AAACGUCAUAAUAAGACCGAGCGUUGAACCGAGUCCGCGGGAUUGUUGCGAAUUUCGGGUUGCCCCAGAAACAGAGCGCUCGCGCCUCGUACAUCACUCGGACCACGGACCACGGGCCGGCGGCUGCCACUCGCUACAGCGAAAAAUAGACAUAGUUUAAUCUUGCCCGGAAUAAUUCGCAUAAUACAAGCCUCAGACCGCAUCGGGGAGCCAUCGCCGCGACGCCCUCUGUAGAUUAACCAAAGGAGCACAAUGCCGAUGUACCAGAGGCCACCAUUCUGGCGCGUGCCGCACCAGCGCCGCGACCCAGACGACGAGCCUAGAUACUACGGGACAUUAAGGACGAGGGUGACCCCAGGCACCCCGGCCGGCCGCGAGCUGGUGCGAGGCGACAUCAUCGCCAAGAUAGACGACUACGACGCGCGGGACCUGCGACACGAGGACGCGCAGAACCUGUUCAAGAACUCCCCUAACCAGAUCAAGCUGGUUGUACAGAGGGACGUGGACCGUGACGCGACCGCUGGCACCCCGCACGCGCCGAGGUCGCCCAUACCCAACGCGGCUGCACCGCCCUACAGGACCCCCAGCCCUCUUCCUGCGACGGCAUGGCGCGGCGGCGCGGGCCCGGAAUCCCUCCCUCGCACUCCGGUGCCUCCGUACAACUCGUACCCAGUGCAACACGAGGGCGAGUACCGGACCAUGCUCCUGUCGCCCACUUCGACGCGCACCGACGACACCUGCGACGAGUCUAUUCAGAGCCAGCCCUACCGCACCACCCCCCUAGUGUUGCCCGGCGCAAAGGUGCGCCGCGAGCCCGGCCCCACCGAGAGCUACCUCCGCCACCACCCCAACCCGGCCAUGCGGGCGCCCCCACACCACGACUACCGCGACACACUCAUGAAGCAAAAGGUGGCAGAGUCGGUGCUGCAGCGAGUGGUCGGCGAUGAGAACAAGGUGGUGCACAAACAGUUCAACUCUCCCAUUAAUCUGUAUUCGGACCAAAACAUCGCCAACUCGAUUAGGCAACAGUCGUCGCCCUUGCCCCACAGGCCCACGCUGCUGUACGACCCGGCCAAGUCCGAGACGUUCCGCGCGCUACAAGAGGAGGGGCUGGGCGACGUGGUCCAGGAGGUGCCCGUGCCCGUGCAGCCGAAGGUCUUCACCGCGCCGCCCAACAAGAGGCCAGCGCCCACCCCGAAACCAACGAAACAGGCUGAUGCGCAACCGAAGGGAAAACAAACGACCUUCGUGAACUCACUCCACGAAGAGCAUAUCCAGCAGUCGAACUCCUUCAAGCGACUAAUGUACAACGUGUUGGGCGACACAGAGUUCUAGGGCGGGUCACAAUGAAGCCACGCCCAUCGACGCCUACGGCGAACACCCCGACGUUAUCACUCCCUUAUCAUGUCGACCCUCGUCUCUUAGCGCUUAGCACACGUAGCGUGCGCUAACGAAGACGAUCGCCCGCACCAGUUGACUGAUUCCCAGUUUUAUGGCGGUUAGACGAGCGCCUAACUUAGAUAUAAUUGACUUGUUGGAUUAGCAACGAAUAAGACUAACAAAAAUAAUUUAGGAGGCUAUUUAUUUAUAAUACUCCUGGCAGUGUGUUAUAUUUUUCGGUGGAUUUAAUUAUUCUAAUACUCGAGUAUUAGUGAUAUAAUUUAUAUUUACAUUAAGUAGCAAUGUAACGUUUAUUAUUACUAAGUGUUGAUUUUCUGUUUGUACAGAAAUAUAUUGUUUACGUAUACAAUGAAAAUGUUGAGUGUACAGUCUAGUCACUUCGACCCGAGCUCUGGUCGUCUCUACGAAUAUUAAAUUCGACAAUUUGAAAUAAAUUAUUUAUUUUUAUCUA